UGGAGUUCAUGAAUGUUGACGCGACCACAUGUUACAGAAAAUACACCGUUGUAUCAAAAUAGAGUUAAUAGGUAGACAAUAUGAGAGACACACCGUUAUCAAACUGCGAGAGAGAUUUUAUACUCAAAGCUAUUGAAGAGAAAAGGCGCUUGGAUGGAAGACAGACGUAUGAUUACAGAAACAUCAAGAUCUCCUUUGGAACAGAUUACGGGUGCUGCUUCGUUGACCUGGGGAAGACGAGGGUCAUGGCCCAGGUGUCCUGUGAACUCAUCACCCCGAAAGAGAACCGACCGAAUGAUGGAAUCAUGUUCUUCAAUAUUGAACUGUCGCCAAUGGCCUCGCCUGCUUUUGAGACGGGCAGGCAGUCAGAGCUCAUGGUCAAGCUAAACAGACAGUUGGAGAGAUGCCUGAGGAACUCCAAGUGUAUAGACACAGAGUCUCUGUGUGUUGUGUCUGGAGAGAAGGUGUGGCAGAUCAGGGUAGAUGUUCACCUGUUGAACCAUGAUGGUAAUCUGAUGGAUGCGACCAGCAUCGCUGCCAUCACUGCCCUCUGUCACUUCCGCCGUCCAGACGUCGGUAUUCAGGGAGAGGAUGUCACCGUGUAUAGCACGGAGGAGCGAGACCCGAUACCCCUCAGCAUCUAUCACAUGCCUAUCAGUGUCAGUUUCUCCUUCUUUCAACAAGGGACCUACCUGUUGGUGGAUCCAUGUGACCGAGAGGAGCGUGUGAUGGAUGGCCUGUUGAUGAUCGCCAUGAACAAGCACAGAGAGAUCUGCUCUAUCCAGUCCAGUGGAGGAAUCAUGCUGCUCAAAGACCAGGUCCUCAGGUGCAGUAAGAUUGCCAGUGUCAAAGUUUCCGAGAUCACAGAGCUUAUCAACAGAGCCCUGGAGAAUGACAAGAAAGUCAGGAAAGCUGGGGGUAGGUGUGGCUUUGCAGAGUCAAUGCCCCAGGAGCGAAUCACAGCACUGAAAACCCACGUGUCGCCUUUGGAGAUGACUGACGUUGAGGAGAAAGCCAAUGAGAUUGUCCUGAGAGCGGAGGCCCCACCCCAAACUGUUCCCUCUCCAGUCUUACCUGGCCCAGGUACAGGGCAGGUGGGUGAAGGGCUACAGAGCUCUUGGGGUCUGGAGGAAGAGGAGGAGGAGGAGGAGGAGGAAGAAGAAGAAGAAGAAGAGCAGCAACACAAAGCCGAGGAGGAAGUGACGUGUGUAGCGGAGGAGAAGCGGGGAGUCGAUGUGGUUUUAAUCUCAGAUAGCGACAGUGAGGAGGAGGAGGUGGUCAUAUUAAAUCAGAAAGCACUAACUAAAAAUGCAACCAGUUCCAAUCAGCAGAUGGCAGUAGAUUCCAAGUUGAAGCGGCAGAGGGAAAGGCAGUGAAAUAUUUUGGAUUAUGUAUUUCUCAAUAAAAAUGUGUUGAACGGGAUAUCACACUGAGUUUCCCCCAA